AAGAAGCCCCUCCUCCUCCCCCACCAUUCCCAUAAGUCUCUUGCCUGCUACGCAUCACAGCAAGGCUUUGCUACGGCCGGCGUAGAUGCCGAUAAUUUGUCAACUAUAGUGUAUUAAUUUAGUGGAAACCUCAAUUUCAAGAUGGUGAAGGGAGAGUAUGACAGUGAGACUGGAGAUGGUUACUACCAACAAUCGAUGCAGGGGGGCAGGAACAGAAAUCCGGACCAGGAGCCUGAGCAGCUUCGUAAGUUGUUCAUUGGUGGUCUGGAUUACCGUACUACAGAUGACAGCUUAAAAGCUUAUUUUGAGCAGUUUGGAGAAAUUGUUGAUGUAGUGGUUAUGAAGGACCCAAAGACGAAGCGAUCCCGAGGUUUUGGAUUUGUUGCAUUCUCUCAGCCCUACAUGGUUGAUGAAGCACAGAAAAACAGACCACAUAAAAUUGAUGGUCGUCCUGUUGACACAAAACGUGCUGUACCCAGAGAUGAAAUCGGCAAAUUAGAGUCUGGGGUAACGGUCAAAAAGUUAUUUGUUGGUGGUAUUAAGGAUGAUGUUGAAGAGGAGGAUUUGAGAGAGUUAUUCUCAGAGUAUGGAAAUGUAGUGUCUGUCAGCAUACCCACCGAAAAGGAGUCCCAGAAGAAGAGAGGAUUUGCAUUUGUCGAAUUUGAAGACUAUGAUUCCGUAGAUAAGGCAUGCGUCCAGUGUACACACAAAAGUAUUCAGUUAAAAGGAAAGAAAGUGGAAGUAAAAAAGGCGCUAUCAAAGAAUGAAAUGCAAAUUCAACAACAGCGAAGAAUGGGCGGAGGAAUGGGAGGUGGUAUGGGUGGAGGCGGAAUGGGAGGCGGCAUGGGCAGAGGUGGUGGUGGUGGCGGCGGUGGGAAUGGCCCUUGGGCUGGUGGGAGAAAUGAUAAUUGGGGUAAUAACCAGGGUCCAGGAUGGGGUGGAGUUGACAUGUCAUCCGCCGUAGCGGACGGUCCCCUUAAGAACAAAGAUAACAGCACUUUCGAAGGGAAUAAAUUUACAGAUAACCGCAGUGGUUGGGGUAAUCAAGGAAACUAUGGCGGACCCAAUCAGUCUGGACCUGGUGGGUACAACCAAGGAGGCUAUGGAGGAAAUCAGGGACCAUGGCAAGGUGGUCCACCCAACAAUCAGAACUGGAACAACCAGAACAAUCAAGGGGGAUGGGGUCCACAGCCAGGAAACUAUGGUGGUGGUCCUAACAACUGGGGCCAGGGAGGUCCUAAUGAUUUCGGCAACAACUAUGGUCAGAGCUAUGGUGGUGGUCCAAUGAGAAAUCAGGGAUAUCAGAACAACAGACCGGCUCCAUACAGUGCUGGUGGCGGUGGCGGUGCAGGAGGUGGAGGCUACAACGCUGGUGGUCCUGGAAACUACGGAAACCCCCCCAACAUGAAUGCGGGUGGGCCUAGACGAUUUUAAACAGUACUCUAGUACAUAGCAAGGUUAGCCAUGCAGUCAGGCAGACAGACAGGCAGGGCUUCAGUCAGGGCCCAGUCAGGCAUGAUUACUAGAACUGAGGCAGGCGAGCUGAAAGAAAGAGAAAUACAGAGAUAGGGCUAUAUGAGGCAGCACAGCUCCUCGACACCCCAAGCUGUAGAGGGAGCCUGUGCACGGAACAUUCCAUUCGGCGCAUGGACUAGCCACUUGCCUCCUUACUAGGAGAUAAACAUAACAGUAUAUCUAAUAUAUAUAUUCUGGAUGAACUCUGAAGAAGAAAAUCUCUAUUAUUCAGUACUUGCAUUUUUGUAUUUAGGAUGUGUAGAAGUGACUAUUAUCACAUACAGUACUCUUAUAUUCAUUUAAGAAGAACCAAAGCGUAGUCAGUUAAUCGUUGUGUGCAGCAAUUGUAUUUUCAUUUUACAAAUAAAUUACUACUAAGAAAA